GACGAAUUCGCUUUCCUUUACACAAUAUUUUUUGUCCUUUCACUUUCCCCUACUUCUGCCAUCCUCUCUAGAUUUUCUGUGUAGGUGUGUGUCGCUGUGCGAGCGUGUCAGACGGCAUGGCAGAAGGCCUCCCAGUACGCGUGGGCAGAUAUUAACACAAGCAAAAGGACGCAUUGGGAUUUCAAAGCCAAGUCCACGUCGUAAAAAUUCAAUUGAUCUACAAAUAUUUGCCAUUAACAGCAGCUUGACACCGUCCGCGCAAACCCACAUAGAGAUAACCUUUUAUUUGAACAAAAUACAAAAGUAAAAAUUAACAAGUGAAAAUUGUAAUGAAAUUUAAACUAAAGCUCUCUUUUUUUUACAUAUUUAAUGCAAUUUGUGGUUUUAACUGUAAUGUUUCGGUACCCAGUCCGCCUGGAAGACAUGUUUACAGGAAGUACAAAAGCUGAACCCAUUGAAACAAACUUCUUAAAAGGCGAAUGGUGUUUUCCGUCUUAACCGUCUUUCCCUCUGAUCGGGCUCAAUUUUCCGCCGUAUAGCAGCAGUUUUUCGGGGGUCUUUGUGCAGAUGGACGCGCAGCUUGCCGUGAACCGUCCUAACAUCAGAGGAGCACCUCCACCACCCCAUCCAGAAUCUUCAUUCUCUCUCUCCUGCUGUGGGAGUCAUCUACUCGGGUCAGGAUCACUUCACUCUGCCGAGCCGCCAGUAACGAAUAACACAAAGGGAAAAACGAACAUGUUUUGUGGAUUCUUCAGAUAGCUGGACAGAAGUCAGGGGAACAGCACCAGAAAUGAAAGCGCAAUUGUGAGUCACUCAUCUGGGAAACAAUACAGACUGAUCACUGAUCACCCGAGGCUCCUCUUGAGUCACUCUCCAAUAUCGCUCGCUGUCAUUUAGUGUGGGUCCUUCUAGGGUCGCUCUGCACCCCGAACCUUUGCCGUUGGACCGACAAUACUGUAAUCAAAGAAAAAAGACUAAAGAAAAUGAAAAGGUUCAUCACUGGUCGCUGUGGUCAGGCACCGAGCCGAAUGUGUGGAGCAUUCUGCAGCAGACUAAUAAGUGGGGGUGGGGAGAGACCGCGCGCCAUGUGUCUGUAUUUUUCUUUCUUUUUUUUCUUAGGUAAGGAAGUACCACAUAUCGAACAGUUCUCAUGAGCUUGUGUGCCGCUGGUACGCUCCGAUGUUGCGAAUUUAUUGGAAACAUUGCGAAUUAAUGUCUCCUCCCAAACACUGCAGGCAAAAAAUAAAUUCUUGAGACUUGAGAGAGAGGUGCUUUAGUGUCUGUAACGGACGAUGGUACGGCUGGAAAUCAGGUUUGAUUGUGAUAAGCAGCGAACAAAAAGCAAAGUUUGAGUAAAUACGCACCAGCGGUUUGGGAAAAAAAUGCUACGUCCAAGUAAAAGAAAGAUUGAUUGUUCAUCGUAGCUGGAGUGGAUGGCGUCCACUGGUGUCCAAAGCGGCUGUUUUCCAGAGGGGUAAGCCACCAGCAGGAGAUCCGGUAGGACACAAACAGACAUAAAGCAGGUCAGGUUGCAGGGGACCGUUGGAGAGACACCGUCACGUGACCCCCGGUACCAAAUGGUCUUCCGGCAGUGGUUUUCAUUAAGGACCGGAGCAAAAGAAGACGCUGCCAUCUCUCUCAGAAAUGCAGAAGACAACAUACUACGAAAACUCCGCAACGCUUUUUGGUGGCUACUCUACCUACCAGGUGCAAGGUGCAGCCAAUGGCCUUGGGGGCUACGAUGCCCCGGUCCCAGUGUCCCACCAUCAACCUCCCUUCCAGUCCCCAACCCAUCUGGAUGUGGAUUCGUACCAACGCUCCGCCUGCUCUUUGCAGUCACUAAGCAGUAAUAGUGGCCACCAGCAGCAGCAGCUAGCCAAGACCAAGGAGCUGAAUGGCAGCUGCAUGCGGCCCAGUUUGCCACCUGAGCACCACCCAGCCUCCCAGGUGUCCCCUCCACUGCCCCCCAAAUCCAGCAAUGGUAAUGUCACCACUCAGCAGCCGGGGGGCAGUGCUGGGUCUUCUACAGUCUCUAAAUCAGGCCCUAAUAAGUCAUCAAACUCUUCCUCCUCCACAUCUUCUUCUACAUCAUCCAGCUCCUCUUCACUGCCGCCCAACCCAACGCUAGCCAAGCAGAUCUUUCCCUGGAUGAAGGAGUGUCGGCAAACAACCAAGCAGAAAAACUGUUCACCCAGCAACAACUCCGGCAACGCAUCAGGGGGUACUGAGAGCGGCAGCAGUGGGGAGAAGAGUCCUUCUGGAGGUUCGUCUGCAUCAUCCAAGCGCGCCCGUACAGCGUACACCAGCGCUCAGCUGGUUGAGCUGGAGAAGGAGUUCCACUUCAACAGGUACCUGUGCCGACCCAGGCGUGUGGAGAUGGCAAACCUGCUCAAUUUGUCCGAACGCCAGAUUAAGAUCUGGUUCCAGAAUCGGCGCAUGAAGUACAAGAAGGACCAGAAGUCCAAGGGCUUGAGCUCCAGCUCUGGAGGACCAUCUCCGGCAGGUUCUCCUCCUCUCACCAUGCAGUCCUCUGCCAGCUUCCUGAACUCAAUGCAUCCAAUGGGAGGGGGAGGAGGGGUUCCUACUUAUGAGACCCCCUCCUCACCAUCCUUUGGAAAGCUCCACCAGGGAGUGUCUUAUUCUAUGUCCACUGCCUAUUCCAAUGUUCCUAUGAAGGGCUGCCCUCCUCAGAAAUAUGGUGCCCCAGAUCCAGACUAUGGUGAUCCCCACCACAGCCUAGUACAGGCCAACAAUGCUGGCUAUGGGACGCCAACAAACAUGCAGGCCAGCCCAGUCUACGUUGGGGGUGGCAGCUAUGUGGAGCCCAUGGCUGGCUCUGGGCCCUCCAUGUAUGGCCUAAACCACCUGGGCCCUACGCCGCCCCACCACCAAACCAUAGACUACAAUGGCGCAGGACCCAUGUCAACUACCAACCAGCACCAUGUGGGUGGAGGGGGCCCUCAGGGUCCCUGUGACCCACCCGCACACCCAACUUACACCGAGCUGUCAGCACACCACACCUCAACUCAGGGCAGAAUCCAAGAAGCACCCAAACUCACCCACCUGUAGCAAGUUUGGAACAAAAUGACAAUGUAGGAAUUAGAAAAUAACAGAAAAUAUAACAUGUCGUGACUCACUAAGAGACAAACCAAAAUGUGGGGACUACACCAUUGCAGUGGGACAAUGGGAGGGGUGAAGCAGGACAGAAAGGUGCCAUCCAGUGGUUUGUGAAAUGCCCUGACAUGCAAGAAACAGUGUUAAAUGCCACUACCUUCAUUACAACAUCAAAUCUGUUAGAUUAAGGAGAAACAUUCUUUAUUGUUUUUGAAAGAACUGUUUGUUUUAUUUUAGAAACAGAAAACUAAAGGUAAAAAAAAAUCAGAGAUUUAACUAAGCUUUGGCUGAACAUCACUGUGACAAUUGGAACCUCAUAAUUUUUUACAGUAAAUUGGGAAACAAAACCUAUAGUGUUUAUUAUGUCAUCUGGCUUCAUAUUCAGUAUUGAAUUAAAAUUUUUUUAUAUAUUAUCCUACCUCUUAAGAAUGAGCUUUUACCAUUGCAAGAAAUAUUUCAAUAUUUCAGUCAGUUAUGUUGAGUGUAUAAAUAAACAUCCAUGUUCAUAGAUUUAUGCUAGGCACUAGUAGAUAUUUGUAUCAAAUUGCAACAAUAGUAUAGUUAGCAUGGAGUUUAAAAAAGCCUAUAAUGACCCUUUAAGAGGUACAGCAUGGUUUCAAAUUUUCCUUUAAUGGCAAAAUACCCCCCUAAGAAACAUAUAUACACACAGCUCUCUUGUCUGGUAGAUGAAAUGGUUGAGAUUUUAAUGAGCUGUUAAUGAGGUGGUUAGAUUUAUUAUGCUGACUUCUCUCCCCUGCAGGCAACAUAUGUUGUUGUCAGCAGAGCUGAGCUAUGUGUUGGGAUCUGUCUCUCCAUCAGUUAGAACAUGAGGCAGAGAAAAAUAUAUGGCUCAAGCUGGCAGCACAGAGCUUCCUUUGAGCCUCUUGUUUUAUGAAGCACAUCACAACCACUGGGCAACUUUCCAGUCACUGUCUUUUCCCCCUGCAGUACCCAUCUCUGUCUGUCUAGACCCAAUCAUUACUAACCCAAUCUCACCUGCUUCCCCCACCCAACUCGACAUUCCCAGCACACACAACCACAUAUGCACACAUGCAUAUUCAUCAUCCUAUCACUGUAACAGGGUUAAAGAUGAGAACUAGCUCGAACAGGCACACUUUUGUUCUAAACUACCUUUUGAUACAGUCAUGUCAGCAUACACACACAGCAACACUAAGCUAACUUCCUCUCACUGACACAUGUCCAGAAGCAGUUUUCCAGCUGCUGACAUCUCUAGACAAAUACAAGAGGGCACAGAAUCUACAAUUCUAGUGUCCUUACUUAGCACACCAUUGAGACAGGGUAAAAAAGAAGAGUGGAGAGAACUAUUUAUUUAUGCUUUUAAAAAGUCAUUGACAUUACCCACCUCACCCACAAACUCCCAUCCCACAACAUACUUUGGUGGAUACCAAUGUGAAACCCCAUUUCCUCUUGUUUUAUUUUGUUCCCACAUGUCUUGACUUUUAACAUGGAAACAGGGUAUAUAUUUGAACAAAAAAAUGCGUGUCCCACAUUUCUGAGCAUAUGUGUAAAACUUAUUUUUAAAACAACUGGAUUUAUUUUUUCAACUGUCAGUGAGUAGAUUUUAGAAAAUACAUGUCAGACACUUCCAACUGUUUAACUCGGUGUCUCCAGUGACUGGGCACUGUGGAGUGGUUGAGCGAUCCACACUCACUGAUAAUCAGGAAAUAAAUCCAUCAAGUUGUUUUUAAAAGCUCAAGAUUUACUCAAAUGUUGUUUUACAGCUGGGCAUCAUUGUUGCACUUAGAGUUUACAUUUUGAUGGUUAACGGUAAAAAAAAAUAGAUAAAAUCUUAUUUUGAAGACGGAAAGCCGUCCAAUCAAAGCGUCUGUCGCUAAUGUGUGUUCAAUUGAACAUUCACAUAUAAAUAUUUAUUUGUUAUAGCCAGUUUAAAAAGAGUUUCGUUUUGUAAUAAUAUUAUUUAUCCUUUGUGUAUUUAUAUUGAGGAAGAAAAUCCUGUACUUUUUUAGUAUUUACCUGUAAUAAAAAGCAACAUUGUGUUUCCUCUUGUCCAUGUACUGAAGUUACAAUUUCAGUUCUUGUAUUUUAGAAGAAAAUAGGUAGUUUUUGUUACUAUUACGCUUUUUAUGUUAUUAUCCUUGUACAUAAAUGUCUUGGCUUGUACAGGGAAAGACGAGUGUUGGGUUUGGAUAUCCACCCAUAGUCUGAAAAUAGAAACAACCUAUUAGCAGGAAAGACAAAAAAUUCCUUUUGGAGGAAACAUUUUUCUGUCCUUUGUAGUUUUUAUUUUUAUUUCACUGUUGAUAAAGUUGUCUGUCAAACAAUUCUUUAAUAAAAUUUUAUGUUACACAGA